CCUGCGCCGGGUUCAAGUAAGGGGGACCUCGUCAGAUGACACUGCUCUAAACCACUUGAUUGACCAGCGAUUCUUGUUGUAACUAUACUAUACGCUGGAAAUAGCAAAAGCUCAAAAUCGAAGCCACUCACAUCAAACACCCCUCAUCAUGAGUCAACGACCAACUCUCCUCCCGCCCUCAACCGGCUCCUUCUCGAUUCCUACUCCCUCAGGUCUUACGCCCAACACACGUUCUGAAGCCGAAGCCGCCCUCUCGUACAACAGCUUCGCUCAAACCGACUCGGCUGCUCCGGAUCCAGAAUUGUUCGCGGACAGGAGUGUUGUGGAUAAUGAUAACGGAUCCGACGCCCCAGAGGCUCUACAGGCCUACCGACGACCAGGCGUCAUGCGUACCAGCUCAACCAACUACCAGAACGCAUUGAAAGAGGCUCACAAAGCAUCCGUUUCCUCGGACAUGUCGACGGAUACGGAUGUGCCUGAUAACGUUACUGGAGCUGAAACGGUGGCUUCUCCAACGUCGUCAACGGUACCUUUCCCGCCGGCGGGUCAGGGCGUGGUGCCGAACUAUGGCUUUGUUACUGGUCAACCCGAAGCUACGAAGAAAUCGCGAUCGAGAGGCCUCAGUCUAGGUUCUCUCGCCAGACAACAAAGCUGGAGUGAGCAAGACUUCAAGCGCGUUUACAAUGCAGACAUCUUGUCAGAGGAGCCGAAGAAGGAUGGAGGAUAUGCCUCGGGAGAUGAUGGCAAGACGGCCGGUUCUUGAGUUUGAGGUUAUUGAGAACUUGUGUUGAUUCGGUUUUACAAUGGUGGGUGUCAGAACAAGCUGAACGGUGGUGUUGAGCUACGAGACUAUGAUACAUAUGAUAUUUUGAUGCAUUCAAACACUUUCCU